GGUUUAAAUGGCACUCGAAAUAUGUCUUUGGAGGAAAUUGUAGCUAUGUUCUUGUACACGUUGGCACAUCAUUUGAAAAAUAGGACAAUUAGAAGUCAUUUCUUUCGAAGUGGAGAAAGUGUUAGUAGAAACUUCCACCGAUGUCUUCUUGCCGUGUUAAAACUACAUACACACUUGCUAAAAAAGCCGACACCUAUAACAGAAGAUUGUGAAGUGGAUAGAUGGAAAUGUUUUAAGAAUUGUUUAGGAGCCUUAGAUGGCACUCAUAUUAGUGUUCAUGUGCCAAGUGAGGAUAGAGCAAGAUAUCGGACAAGGAAAGGUUCUAUUGCUAUGAAUGUGUUAGGUGUAUGUAACCCUAAUUUGGAGUUCAUAUAUGUUCAACCUGGUUGGGAAGGAUCCGCUCAUGAUGGUCGUGUCCUUCGAGAUGCUAUUACUAGGCCUAAUGGUUUAAAAGUGCCGCAAGGAUGAAUGUUGGUCAAUUUGUUCAAAGUGGAAGAGGGAAAAACAAGCGAUCAUGGAAUAAAUCUGAGGAAGAGUGUUUGAUUAAUGGUUUGUUGGAGAUGAGUGCCGAUCCUUCAUGGAAAGCUGAUGGGAGUUUCAAAGGUGG